ACUGCCGAGUUCCAUGUUUGUAUCUUGAAAUGAGAGCGCAGUUGAACUCCAUGUUGAAACAAAGUUACGAACUCAUUUUUAAAUGUUUAUAACUUAUAUUUGUAGCUUUUUUGAAUAGCCGAGAAAUGUGAUCGUUUGGUGAUGUAUUUAAGCCCUGCUGACGGUUUUGUAACUUUGUGCAAGUUUAUAAAUUAAUAUUCCUAGACAGCUAACAAUCUUCGCAAAAGGCACUUUAAACCGUUUAUUUUAAAGUUCUGGAUUAAGUCUGGGUGUAGGCCUAAUGGACCAUCCCUCCUCAAUAAUCACGCAAGUCAGUCGAGAUGAAGAGGCGAGUAGAGAGAAGGGUACCCCACCCUCCUCGUCUAAGAAGCCUAGGGGUCGAGGCCUAUUCCACAGCCUCUUCUGCUGCUUGUGUAACGACCAGACCGAGCCCCCACCGGUCAACAACAACGCCCCACUACUGGUGGAGGAAAACGGCACUGUCUCUAAGGUGCAGGUCAGGCCGCUGCUGCCUCAGGCGAAGUCAAAAGACACAGGGAAGAUCUGCGUUGUCAUCGACCUGGAUGAAACCCUGGUCCACAGCUCAUUCAAGCCAGUGAACAACGCUGAUUUCAUCAUUCCAGUGGAGAUUGAUGGGACCGUUCAUCAGGUGUAUGUGUUGAAGCGACCCCACGUGGAUGAGUUCCUUAAGAGAAUGGGAGAGCUGUUUGAGUGUAUUCUGUUCACAGCCAGCCUGGCUAAGUACGCCGACCCUGUGUCGGACCUGCUCGACAAGUGGGGCGCGUUCCGCGGACGUCUGUUCCGUGAGUCGUGCGUGUUCCACCGGGGGAACUACGUGAAGGACCUGAGUCGUCUAGGCAGAGACCUGAACAAGGUCAUCAUCAUAGACAACUCCCCGGCCUCCUAUGUCUUCCAUCCGGACAAUGCUGUACCUGUCGUGUCGUGGUUCGACGACAUGGCCGACACCGAGUUGCUGGACCUCAUUCCGUUCUUCGAGAGGCUCAGUCAAGUAGAGGACAUCUACACGGUGCUCAGGCAGAAGAGAGACUCUAGCUAGCAGCGCGGAAAAGGCCGAACGCGCCUUUGCGCCGAUCCCACCGUCGCCAGCCCCAACGUACAUCCAUCGCAAGCUGAAGGGGCUUUUACACAUCUCAAUCCUAACCCGAUUCUUCAGCCUUUCAGAAUCACUCUUUCCUCUCCUGGACGAACGGAAUGAUUUGACCCCCCCCCCCCCCCCCCCAAGCCCAACCAACCCAGCACUCGCUACCACCCCGCAAACGAAGAUGAUUUGUGGAUAUAUGUUGUGGACGAUAACGAGUUGGGUUUUAUACAGUGCCUUUCAGAUCUCAAAGGAACUUAUAGGAAAGUCAAGUACAUUGAAUGUAAAGCCCCUUAAGGCCUCAUUCAGGACACAAGGACAGACCUGUAGGUCUUGGGAGCGGAAAUCCCUGGAUCCAGUCACAAGCUCUUCUAUGCCGGUUUGGAGUCUUCAAGAUUCAGGAAGACCCAAUGGUUAUGGAAAAGCCAAUUGUAGUUAUUUUAAAUAAAUUUUUGCUCAACAAACAAUUGAACGAUGCCUUUAAAAGGCAAGUGCAGAUGCUUUCACACUAAGUUAGGUCUUCUGGAAUCGUUCAGAAUGACGUCAUUAUAGUUCAUGUCGAGCCCAAUUGUAAUUGCUUGUUAAGGGGGACAGAAUUGUUAAUCAUUUGUGCCCAGUUACUACCCCUUUUCCAGGUCCCCCAGUUAUUUGUUUGUUUAAGAAUGUCUAUUAAAACCAUAGGAAUAUGUGGGAAAAUGUGCCAGAAAACAUUUGAUGGGGUAAUGGACACGUUUCAUUACAAACACCAUAGUCAGAGGACUGAACAGCACCUUAAAUUGUGAUAUAAUCUUUUAGGAUUGUUGGGAUUACAGUGUCUCUGGACUAUGGACCUCAACCCAGAUUACAUUCACAGGCUCGGAUGCUUUGACACAGUUUCAGUCAAUGUCAUGGGAUCUGAAAGUACUAUUUUAUUGGAACUCAGUAUCAGAAGAGCUUGCUUUGAUAUUUCCAAGCAAACUGUUGGUCAUCCCUUUGAUGGAAUAGCAGUGCUUCGUCGAUGGAAAAAGUCUUGAGACUGUAUGUAAGCUAUCUGACAAGCACAAUUCACACUCAUUUCACCAGAAAUAGUACUUGAAUACUUGCCUUUUUGAUAACAUUAUCUUUUUAAAGGACUGCAGAUACUAUGCCUUUUAGAUGGAAUUGUAGGUUUUGUGUAGUUUUUUUUUAAACUUAAUUUGUUUAGGUUCUGAGGACUGUAUUAAUUGGUACUUACCGGAGGUUGAAACAAUCCAAGAACUAUCAUAUGUAAGUAAUAAUUAAGGGUUGGUUUAUCAGAAAGUGAAAAGAAAGAACAGUAGAGUAUUUUCCAAAGUGCAUUGUAAUGUGAGAUAUUGAUUUAUUCAUAUUGCUUGAUGCACAGUUUUAUGAACGCACAGGAAAUGGACACUGUAGGAAUUAACUGGGCCUACUAAAGGGGCCUGUGAAAUAAAAGGAUUGAGAGUUAAAAAAAAAAAAAACAGUAGACCAGAAAUCACUGUAGUAGAAAUCUAAAAGGAUUAAGGUGCUCUCCUUUACAGUGCAUUAUUGGCUAAGGAAUACUAGCUAAUAGCUUUUUGGAUUUGGCCCUGUUACUGUACACAAAGCCAAUAGAAACAAAGGGGUGAAUCCUGCUUUGAAAUACAAGCCGUCCUCACAUCUAGUCAUAAUAUGAAACAGAAAUUGAUAUUUGCAAUCCUUAAGUCAGGAUUUUUAAACGAACUGAGAGUGGUGAUAUUUACUGCAACAGACUCAGUACUCCCUGAACAUGUAUUUCCUACUGUAUUUCAAAAUGCUUUGGAAAAGAGAGUGACCUGUCAACAUGGGACCCUUGGUCUAUUACUGUACUUCCUGUAUUUAAACACAUUCAGUAAUUUAUGCAUAUAUAGACAUAUGUGUAUUUUGUUUUGCACGGUAAUAAAGCAAACAAAUGUCAUUAAUAUAUUAUGGAAUAUUCAUGUUACUUAUGAUUGAAUAGCUGUAACUUAGCUUGUGACAUCUUAUCAAACCAAAUUCUGUUGAACUGUGUCUAAUUACAAAAUCUUCCAUGAAUGCAUAUCACUGAAUAAUCUGUGUGUUAAGGGACUCUCUCCUCAUCAACACAAAAGGAUUCGAUUUCACAUUGAAGCCUAUUCAGAAGUGAAAACCUACUAUACUUUAAACUGUCAAAUGCCCUGAGAGAUUCUGAGAAAACUCUUCCAACUAUGGAUGCCUGUUUAAUGACAAUAGAACACAAUAUUACAAAAUCCAUAGAAAAGUGGAGUUUAAGUGAGCAGUUAUUUUUUAUUAUAUUUUUACUAAAUUCUGUUCUCUUCCAAUCAAUAUGUUUUCCAAAUAAAUAUGUGUAACAGA